CCCGCCGGCGGCGUCGCCCAGGGAUGGAGCCGGAAGAGGGCUCGGCGCUGUGGCGGCUGCACAAGCUGCCCCCGGAGCGGGGCGCGCCGCUUCUUCACAAGAUAAUCGAUGGCCUUUGUGGCCGAGCGUACCCUCGACACCAGGAUUAUCUCAAUGUUUGGAAUUCAGCCGAGUGGAGGAAUGUUAUUGAGGAUGUGACCAAAUUUUUCAAAGCUGUUGUUGGUAAAAAUUUUUCUGAUGAAGAGGCACUUGAACAGCUGAGUCAGUUGAAUUCAUGUCAUCAAGAAACUAUCUUGAAAUGCUUGAAAAGUAGAAGAGAUGAAAUUAAGCAGGCUCUUUUAGGAGAAAUAGUGGCGAUUUCUUCUGCUCAGCUACAGGAUUUUGAUUGGCAGUUAAAGCUGGCACUCUCUAGUGACAAGAUUGCCACUUUACAAAUGCCACUGUUAAACCUUCAUCUAGAUGUGAAAGAAAAUGGUGAUGUGAAGCCAUACUCUGUUGAAAUGAGUAAGGAAGAGCUGCACAUGCUCAUAACUUCAUUGGAAGCUGCUAACAAGGUGGUCCUACAGUUGAAAUAACCAGAAGUGAUGAAUACCAGCGCUGUGGCAUUUCACCGCUACAGCCGACUCGCUCCCUGGGCUCUGGUCCCCGGAAUGAUGGGCGGCCGCACCGGGCUGAUGCUGCAUCUGCGGGACGACAGUGACGCACAUCCGCAGCAGCUACGAAGAACGGGACAUUGCGUGGUUGACAGGAAAUGAAAGAUGGAAAGGCCAUCGUAGCAGUUAAUAUUUUCAUAAUGAUGUUUCGUCUCAUUUAUAAAGUAUUUGAGAAAUCUUUGUAGAUGAAGUUAAUAAAGCUUUCAAUAAGAAAGGUAAAAAUCGGUUCUACAGUAAUGUAAACAUAGAAAGCACAGGUGUACAUAAAUAUUGCGUAAAUAAUUCUGUGACACACAAGGACACAUUAUGGAUAUGUCAUUUGUAACUUUUAAAAUGUGUUAAAGAAUGUAUAAGCCACAUAUCAGGAGGUUCUGGAUCUUUCUCAGGUGUCAAAGCAAAGAUGAUAAAGGAAAAAAAUUCAUAGAAGAAAGUGCUUCAUCAGAUAGGAACAAAAUUCUAAAUUUAUGUGAAUAAUUUUGUGUGAAUAAUUUAUGUAUUUUAGAAACUAAAAUCUGAAAUGCAUAAUUUGAAAAUAACAUUGUUACUUCUGGAUCUGAUGGGGAAGCCAUGGUCUGGUAAAAAGAGCAGCUGUCAUUGUAUAGUGUAUAUAUUGUUACUCAAAUUAUCAGGUCAGACCACCUGUAGGUCUGUUUUUAUAAGUUUUUGACCUUGAAUUUAAGGGAUAUUAAGGAAUUCAGUGGAAAGCAAACCAUUUUAACCUCAGCUACCUUUAAAAAUAACAAAAACGUCAUAUUUUA